AUGAAAUCCUGUCGACGAGCGUCAUUGCCAAGUAUGAACGAUGACUCACUGCGAGGUUUCGGCGGACAAGGUGGGCCAGGCGGCAUGCGUCCAGGCUUCGGUGGACCAGGCGGCAUGCGCCACCUUGUCCAGGCGGCAUUGCCCACUGCUCCAGGUUUCGGACCACCCGGUCGUCCAGGCUUCGGUGUGGACAGCGGCAUGCGCCCAGCUGCUCCAGGUUUCGGACCAGGCGCUCGUCCAGGCGGCACCAAUCUUGGGCAAACGCCAAUGCCAAUCAGGAGAGCUAGGAAUGUGCAG